AUGGAUUCGUCUAUCGUUGCCUCUGGGACCCAAAGUGUCCUUGGAGAUAAUUAUAAUAUGCUACUGGAGGUCAACAAGAGACUUCGACAAGUUCAAGCCGGCAUCUACCGUGCGUCUUUGAAGUGGAUGAUGCUUGCGGGCAGCUUGGAAACCUCUGAUCGCCCUGAAUACUGGGCCAACCCGUCCGGGCGCGAUACUCGGAGUGUCCCACCUGAGAUGAAAGGAUGGGACUUUGGGAUUCGCACCGACGACCUUGUCGGCUCAAGGGAAAUUGUACGGACAGUGCUCAAGGCUCUAGGCGACCUCAAAAAGGGCCUUGAAAACAUCCAGCACCGGCUCAGGCUGAAUAUUAACAAGCUAUCCCGACCAGGCCUACGAUCAUACAAUAUAUUAGAUAUGCCAGAGGAAAUUCUUUAUUGUAUAUUUGAGUUUGUUGAAGGAUUCCUGCGGGACUUUCCCGAGUUCGAGUGUGGUGCAAGCAGAGACAUAAAAAACUGUCGACUCACCUGCCAGGCGUUUAAUCGCGUCAGUGAACGGUUCUUCCUUCGUUCCGUGUCCGUGGACUUGAAUGCUUCGUCUCUUUCGAGGUUCAAUGACAUAUCCAACCACCCAACCAUCAGCAAGAGUAUACAGUCCAUUCGCGCCAUCCUCCACUUUUAUGACACUACCCUUGGCGACAGUCUACAAGAUUUCAUUCUUUACAAUGCUGGAGCGCUUUACGAUCGAGCGGAAACACUUGAGUUGAUGGCACCAUGGGAACUUCGAGAAACUAUUUCCAAGGAAACUGGCAUGAAAGUGGUGGAAGCACUGAAAGAAGCUUCGGCAUGCUGGGAGCGAAUUGCUUGGGAUACACAAGCACAAUCUCUUGCCGACCACGACCGCACCCACCUCGAGCUACUCAAGACAACUCAUCAAAGAUAUCAGAGCCUGUGUGCUUAUCAAGAAGAAAUGUUGGAAAGUGGAGGAUUUUUUGCAAGCAGUAGCUGCGGGAAUAUCGAGGAUGCCUUGUGCAAAGACAAUGUUCUUCCUCGACUGGGACUUUGCAACUUCGACGCCACGGCCAUGAAGUAUGGUUUCACGCCGAGGCUCUGCGACAUGAUAACCAAGCUUCCGGUAGCAGUCCAUCAUGCUGGGGCAUGGCUCGAAAGAAUUGAUAUCAAGUUGUCGCAAGUGGAAUCUCCUUCAGAUUUGAUACCAAGCCCCGAGCUGCGGCAGCAGCUUCCAUUGGCCAUGCAGCGACUGCGCAAGUUCACUAUCAGGUGUCAAGGUAACAUCAACGGAGAGUUAAGUCAAGAUGCCCUUUACGACAUGUUUGGAUCUUGUUUGGAUACCGGGAGUCUCCGAGAAAUCUCCAUCGAUAUGUCGCAGAUGAGAGAGCCAGACAAGCUGGGUGUCGGAAAGAUCAUCACAUCACGACGCUGGCAGAAUCUAUCAUAUCUGUUUUUGCGUGAUGUCGCUUUCCAUUUUUCGGAGCUUCAACUCUUCGUCAGCAGGGCCCCCAAGUCUUUUUCGUAUUUCUGGGUGGAAAGCGUCUAUCUGCUGAGCGGAACGUGGGCCGAGGUUCUGGAUACCUUGCGAGAGAAGCCUCUCAUUGACCGGGUGCAGCUAGAGAAGCCUUUGGGCGCCGAGUGCGCCGACAUGUCAGCUGAAGAGUUAAAGAGAAUAUUUGACAGAGAGGACCUUUUUUUCCGUAGCCAAGCAGAGCGCUACAUUGCCCGGCUCAUCCCUCACAAUUCUUUGAGAGACCAGGAGAGGUUAGACCACGAUGCUGUCGACGUGGAAUCGGAGGAUUAA